AGAAAAGAAUUUUACAGACAAGUUAUUAGAGAGAGAAAGCAUCAUCAUCAUCAGCUUAAGCAAAGCUUUUUAGACAGAGAAACUCUCCAUUCAUUUUCACUUUACCUUUCCAUUUCUGUUCAUCUCAAAUUCUCCCUCAUUUUAUACAGUUCUACGUUUCAUCUCCGGCGAGUAUCGGGAAAAGCCUAAGCUUUUCAACGGACGGAGGGAAAGCCGGUUGUUUCCUUCUCCGUCUCCCUUGAAAUCGUCGCCGGCGCGCGGCGGGAAUUGCCGGAGCUCCGAGUUGGUGCCAGCUCCGAUCUGAGCGGGCGAGUCGGAGGCCGGCGGUUUUUUUCCUGUUGAUGAGCUGCGGGGGAGGAGAUCGAUAGACUCGGAGCUUGUCCGAUGGCGCCACCUAUCAAUAUUAGUGUCGGUUCUCAUGUGUGGGUGGAGGAUCCCCAGCUGGCAUGGAUUGAUGGGGAGGUGAUCAAAAUUGAUGGUCAAGAUGCUCAUGUUAAUACUACAAAUGGUAAAAAGGUUGUUGCAAAUAUCUCCAAGGUGUUCCCUAAGGAUGAUGAAGCUCCACCUGGUGGUGUAGAUGAUAUGACUAAACUUUCCUAUCUUCAUGAACCUGGAGUUCUUCAAAAUAUGUGUACUAGAUAUGAACUAAAUGAGAUAUAUACAUACACUGGAAACAUUUUAAUCGCUGUGAACCCGUUCCAAAGAUUACCUCAUUUGUAUGAUACUCACAUGAUGGAGCAAUAUAAAGGAGCUGCAUUUGGGGAGUUAAGUCCUCAUGUAUUUGCUGUUGCUGAUGUUGCGUACAGGGCAAUGGUCAAUGAGGGAAAGAGCAACUCAAUUUUGGUCAGUGGAGAAAGUGGUGCAGGAAAGACUGAAACCACUAAGAUGCUUAUGAGAUACCUUGCAUAUCUAGGUGGCAGGUCUGGAGUUGAAGGACGGACUGUAGAACAACAAGUUUUAGAAUCAAAUCCUGUUCUUGAAGCAUUUGGAAAUGCCAAAACUGUGAGGAACAACAACUCAAGUCGUUUCGGUAAAUUUGUUGAAAUACAAUUUGACAAGAGUGGGAGGAUAUCUGGUGCAGCGGUACGAACUUAUCUUCUUGAGAGAUCCCGUGUUUGCCAGAUUGCGUAUCCUGAAAGAAACUACCACUGCUUUUAUCUUCUUUGUGCCGCACCACCUGAGGAAAGAGAGAAGUAUAAGCUAGGAAGUCCUAAAACAUUCAAUUACCUCAAUCAAUCUAGCUGUUAUGAGCUUGACGGAGUGAAUGAUGGUGAAGAAUACCUUGCAACAAGAAGGGCUAUGGAUAUAGUUGGAAUUAGCGAGGAAGAACAAGAGGCCAUUUUCAGGGUUGUUGCUGCAAUUCUACAUCUCGGUAAUAUUGAAUUUGCAAAAGGGCACGAGAUCGACUCGUCUGUGAUUAAGGAUGAAAAGUCUAGAUUUCAUCUGAAUACAAUGGCUGAUUUACUCAAGUGUGAUUCCAAGAGCCUUGAGGAUGCACUAAUUAAACGUGUGAUGGUCACACCUGAGGAAAUUAUUACAAGGACUCUUGACCCAGAGGCUGCAAUGGGCAGUAGGGAUGCUUUAGCUAAAACGAUAUAUUCUCGUCUCUUUGAUUGGAUUGUGGAGAAGAUAAACAUUUCAAUUGGGCAGGAUCCAAACUCAAAAUCCAUUAUUGGAGUUCUUGAUAUCUAUGGAUUUGAAAGUUUUAAAACCAAUAGUUUUGAGCAGUUCUGUAUCAAUUUUACCAAUGAAAAGCUACAGCAACAUUUCAAUCAGCAUGUAUUUAAGAUGGAACAAGAAGAGUAUGAGAAAGAAGAGAUAAACUGGAGCUACAUAGAGUUUGUUGAUAACCAAGAUGUGCUGGAUCUCAUUGAAAAGAAACCCGGAGGAAUCAUUGCUUUAUUGGAUGAAGCUUGUAUGUUUCCUAAAUCAACUCAUGAAACAUUUUCUCAAAAACUGUACCAAACUUUUCCUAGAAACAAACGGUUCAUUAAACCCAAGCUUUCUCGGACCAGCUUUACAAUUUCACACUAUGCAGGGGAGGUGACUUAUCAAGCAGACCUCUUUCUGGAUAAGAACAAGGAUUAUGUGAUUGCAGAACAUCAGGACCUAUUAACGGCCUCAAAGUGCUCCUUUGUAGCCAGUUUAUUUCCUCCACUUCCUGAAGAUUCAUCAAAGUCCUCAAAGUUUUCUUCUAUAGGGUCACGCUUUAAGCUGCAACUGCAAUCUUUAAUGGAAACCUUGAAUUCUACUGAACCUCACUACAUCAGAUGUGUGAAACCAAAUAAUGCUCUCAAGCCAUCUAUUUUUGAGAACCUGAAUGUAAUCCAUCAAUUGCGAUGUGGUGGAGUUCUGGAAGCUAUCAGAAUCAGUUGUGCUGGUUACCCCACCAGACGCACUUUUUAUGAAUUUCUUCUUCGAUUUGGUGUCCUUGCUCCAGAGGUCUUAGCUGGAAAUCAUGACGACAAGGUUGCCUGUGAGAUGAUUCUGGGCAAAAUGGGAUUAAAAGGUUAUCAGAUAGGUAAGAACAAGAUAUUUCUGCGGGCUGGCCAGAUGGCUGAGCUUGAUGCUAGAAGAGCAGAGGUUCUUGGAAAUGCAGCCAGGAUAAUCCAAAGGCAAAUUAGAACCUAUAUUACAAGGAAGGAAUUCUUUGCAUUGCGUCAUGCUGCAGUUCAAAUGCAAUCGUGUUGGCGAGGAAUGCUGGCUUGCAAAUUGUAUGAGCAACUGAGAUGUGAAGCAGCUGCUCUAAAGAUUCAAAAGACCUUCAGGUGUUAUGUUGCAUGGAAAUCAUACUCAACAUUGCAAUAUUCUGCAAUUACACUGCAAACUGGCAUGCGAGCAAUGGUUGCUCGAGAUGAAUUUCGGUUCCGAAAGCAAACAGAAGCUUCAAUUAAAAUCCAGGCUUCUUUCCGUCGCCAUAGAGGUUAUGCAUAUUACAGAAGUCUUCGGAGGGCUGCCAUUAUUACUCAAUGUAGUUGGAGGCAAAAAGUUGCUAGGAGAGAGCUUCGUACACUUAAGAUGGCUGCAAGGGAAACAGGUGCUCUCAAAGAAGCAAAAGACAAGCUCGAAAAGAAAGUGGAGGAACUCACAUGGCGGUUGCAGUUUGAGAAGAGAUUGAGGACAGAAUUAGAGGAGACAAAAGCGCAAGAAACUGCAAAAUUACAGGAGGCAUUGAAUUCAAUGCAAAAGCAAGUAGAAGAAGCAAAUGCAAGAGUAAUCCAAGAACAAGAGGCGGCACAAAGAGCAAUAGAAGAAGCUCCUCCUGUGAUUAAGGAAACUCCAGUCAUAGUUCAAGACACAGAAAAGCUGAAUGCUUUGAUAGCUGAAGUAGAUAGUUUGAAGGCUUCACUGCUUUCAGAAAAACAAGCAACAGAAGAGGCAAGAACGGCUUGUAAAGAUGCAGAGGCAAAAAAUGUGGAGUUGGUGAGCAAACUUGAUGAUGCAGCACGCAAAAUUGAUCAACUUCAAGAUUCUGUGCAGAGACUUGAAGAGAAGCUUUCAAAUAGUGAGUCAGAGAAUCAAGUACUUCGUCAACAAGCCUUAACCAUGUCGCCAACAGGGAAAACUUUGUCUGCACGACAGAAAACCACUAUUAUUCCGAGAACUCCAGACAAUGGAAAUAUUCUAAAUGCAGAAACAAAGGAUAUGCGUAUAGCAGUAGCAAGUCCAAAGGAGCUUGAGUCUGAAGAAAAGCCACAGAAGUCUCUUAAUGAAAAACAGCAAGAGAACCAAGACUUGCUGAUCAAGUGCAUCUCACAAGAUUUGGGGUUUUCUGGAGGCAAACCAGUAGCAGCAUGUGUUGUGUAUAAAUGCCUACUUCAAUGGAGAUCAUUUGAAGUUGAAAGAACAAGUGUUUUUGAUCGUAUAAUACAAACUGUAGCCUCAGCUAUAGAGGUUGCGGAAAAUAAUGAUGUGUUGGCCUAUUGGCUAUGCAAUAUUGCCACACUGCUGAUGUUGCUCCAACAAACACUUAAAGCCAGUGGCGCAACUAGUUUGACUCCGCAACGACGAAGGUCAUCGUCCGCAUCUCUUUUUGGAAGGAUGUCUCAAGGAUUACGAGCUUCACCGCAGAGUGCUGGGAUUUCCUUUCUCAAUGGUCGUGUAUUGGGAAGAUUGGAUGAUUUACGUCAAGUUGAGGCUAAAUAUCCUGCUUUGCUAUUCAAGCAGCAGCUCACUGCCUUCCUUGAAAAAAUAUAUGGAAUGAUAAGAGAUAAUCUGAAGAAAGAGAUAUCUCCUUUGCUUGGGCAAUGUAUCCAGGCACCAAGAACAUCCCGCGUAAGUUUAGUGAAAGGACGGUCCCGAGACAAUGCAGCUGCUCAACAAGCUCUGAUUGCUCAUUGGCAAAGCAUUGUAAAACGUCUCGAUAACUACUUGAAGACGAUGAAAGCAAACUAUGUUCCUCCAUUCUUAGUUCGGAAGGUCUUUACUCAGAUGUUUUCAUUUAUCAACGUCCAACUUUUCAACAGUCUGCUUUUGCGACGUGAAUGCUGUUCAUUCAGCAAUGGAGAGUACGUAAAAUCUGGAUUGGGGGAGUUGGAACAAUGGUGCUCCUACGCAACUGAGGAAUAUGUAGGCUCAGCUUGGGAUGAGUUGAAGCAUAUCAGACAAGCAGUUGGAUUCCUGGUAAUACACCAAAAGCCCAAGAAGACAUUACAUGAGAUCACAAAUGAACUUUGUCCUGUGCUUAGCAUACAGCAACUAUAUCGGAUCAGUACGAUGUAUUGGGAUGACAAAUAUGGAACCCACAGUGUUUCCACCGAUGUCAUAUCAAAUAUGAGAGCCAUGAUGACAGAGGAUUCUAACAAUGCUGUUAGCAGUUCCUUUUUGCUUGACGAUGAUACAAGCAUCCCUUUUACGGUAGAUGACAUAUCUAAAUCAAUACAACAAGUUGACAUUGCCGACAUUGAUCCUCCACCAUUAAUUCGUGAAAACUCGGGGUUCGUAUUCUUGCAUCAACGCACGGGUUGAUAAAAAGGAUACCACGGCCACAUCAAGCCAAGUGCCCAAAAAACAUGCAAAAACUUGUGCAUAUUUAAAUCCCAUACUUUAUCUCUUCCAUACGUACCGAUUUUUUUCUUGUUCCCCAAUUUUAUUGGACUGCCGUGGUGGGGGUCCGCUGUCCGGUCCAAUUCAUUCGUUUUUUUCACCCCUCACGCUUUUUCAACGUGAGAGGCAUCUCUAGUAGGCCAUCCGGCUUGUAGUAUGAUCAUAUAUAUAUAUACCUAUAUGCAGGCUUAGGAAGAUGCAUUAUUUUGAUUUUUUUGGGGGGUGGUUUCGUCUUUGGUUGUAAAGAUCAGAUAACCACGAACCGUCGUCAAUUUAAGGCGGCAUUCGUUUGUAGUGUGGCAAGAAAAUGCAGUGAUUAAGGUUUUUGGUUGUAAUUAUAUCAAAUUGUAUUGUUUGGAGGUGUGUAAACAUUCUUUCUAUACAUACUCUUUGUUUCAUAGUUUCUUUGGCAUAAGAAGCUCACAGUUAAAAAAAAAAGGAAAUGAAAGUUUCAUUUCUUU